AUGGCCACUGCGUUGGGAUUGGAGUUCCGCAUAGGCAAGAAGGACGCGGCCGCCAAAUUCGGCAUCGAAGCAGCCCUACAUCAAGCCAUACCACCAGAAGAUCGACUAAAUCCAAACCCUAUCCUUAUUGGCGACGAUGACGGUUCAUCCUGGCAAACAGCGGCUGACCAACAACAUGCAGCAGAGCAAGGUGAGCCGGGCGAGGGUGACAUGGCCAACGAACAGCAGCUGGAAGCUUUGGACAAGGAUUCCGCUGACCAAACCGACAAUUGCUGUUUCCACCUUUCAAAUUUUCACCGGCGCAAUGCGCAAUGGACAUUGCCUUUUGAGGAUCUUCGUGGAGCCAGCAACCGAGAAUGUCAACGCCUAGGCCAAGAAAAACGCGAGGCUGAGAGCCCAGAUGAUGGUUUUGGAGCAGCAGCUUCGUGUGCGCCGUGGAAUGGAUCGUGGACAACGGCAGCGUGA